UCCUAUAUAUAAGCUUCUGUUGUGAUCAUUGUGGGGCUGAGCAGAGAGGUUGUGUUGAACUCUUCUUCCUGAAUAGCAGGGAUCCAUCUCUAUCUGGAAUUGUACUGCUUUCGACGAGUUUGCAUUGAACUGGAAUUGUUGAAUCUCUAUCCCACUCUCGGUUGAUGAUAGACAUGAUGGCUGGGAAGGUCUUUUUUCUCCUUAUUUUCUUGAAUGGGAUCUCAAAUAUAGUGAUUGCUGCUGGUCCACCAACAUGCCCUGCAGAUAUUAAAAGUGAUUGUGCAAGUGACUCAGGUGAAUGGGAAGGUGAAUUCUUCCCUGGAAUUCCCAAGAUUAAAUAUGAGGGUCCUUCUAGUAAGAACCCACUGUCUUUUAAAUGGUACAAUGCUGAGGAGGAGAUUCUUGGGAAAAAGAUGAAGGAUUGGAUGAGGUUUAGUGUUGCAUUUUGGCAUACAUUCCGUGGCACAGGUUCUGAUCCAUUUGGUGCACCUACGAAAUUAUGGCCAUGGGAAGAUGGCACUAAUUCCUUGGCCAUGGCUAAGAGGAGGAUGAGAGCAAACUUUGAGUUACUAGACAAGCUUGGAGUGAAUAGGUGGUGCUUUCAUGACAGAGACAUUGCUCCUGAUGGCAAAACACUAGAGGAGGCCAAUGCAAACUUGGACGAAGUGGUAGCACUUGCUAAAGAGCUUCAGGGUUCAAAGAUCCGGCCUUUAUGGGGUACAAGUCAGUUGUUUGUGCAUCCACGAUACAUGCAUGGUGGUGCAACUAGCUCCGAAUUAGGAGUAUAUGUCUAUGCUGCAGCACAAGUCAAGAAGGCUAUGGAGGUUACGCAUUACCUUGGUGGUGAGAAUUAUGUUUUCUGGGGUGGCCGAGAGGGUUAUCAGAGUCUUUUGAACACAGACAUGGAAAGGGAGUUGAACCAUUUGGCAAGAUUCAUGCAAGCUGCUGUUGCUUAUAAGAAAAAGAUUGGAUUUAAUGGAACAUUGUUCAUUGAGCCUAAGCCUCAGGAACCUACCAAGCAUCAGUAUGACUGGGAUGCUGCUACAAGUGCUAAUUUCUUGCGGAGAUAUGGCCUUAUAGAUGAGUUCAAAUUGAAUAUUGAAUGCAACCAUGCCACUCUGUCUGGUCACAGUUGCCAUCAUGAAGUUGAGACAGCAAGGAUUAAUGGUUUGCUAGGAAAUAUUGAUGCAAACAGUGGCGAUCCCCAAACUGGCUGGGAUACAGAUCAGUUCCCAAUGGAUGUAGCAGAAGCAACUCUAGUUAUGCUCUCUGUUAUUAAAAAUGGUGGGCUCGCACCAGGAGGAUUCAACUUUGAUGCCAAAUUGCGGAGGGAGAGCACAGAUGUUGAAGACAUCUUUAUCGCUCAUAUUGGCGGUAUGGAUACCCUGGCCCGAGGCCUUCGAAGCGCUGCAAAGCUGAUUAAGGAUGGUUCUCUGAAUGAACUUGUUCGGAAGAGGUACCAAAGUUUUGACUCUGAGCUUGGUGCUGCCAUUGAGGCUGGAAAGGCUGAUUUUGAACUGCUGGAGAAGAAAGCUAUGGAAUGGGGAGAACCCAAAGUCCCUUCUGCCAAACAGGAACUCGCUGAGAUGAUCCUCCAAUCUGCAAUCUAGAAGACGGAUCGUAUCGGAUGUGAGAAUAAUAGACCCAUCGCAGCCAUGUUUAGCAAGUAGCCUUAGCUUCUUUCCUAUUAGCCAUAAUGACAGACAGACAGACAGACAGUGUUUUAGUGUCGCGUCGCAUUCAUAAAUAGAAUGUUUAAUCAAAUCCCUCUACUUUCUACUCGAAUAAAUUAUAUUUACGCCAAAAUCUAUGUUCACUAUUGUAGAAGGAGCCCCUCCUACUAACAAGACACUUUCAUUUCAACAUUGCAAUAUUAGGAUUCUGACACUUUA